GACUGCUGUCUGUGAGUGGUCGAGGUUUGUCAGUGUAGUGUUGACAGAGGGGCAGCAUGAGACAUUUCUCCACCCGGAUCAUGCAAGCAUGGGGAUAUUUGGAGGAAAAAUCAGUCUGACAGCUCACUCAGAGAACAGAGACAUGUGGAGGACUCUAACAAUAUCACUGAUAGUUGCACUGGUGCUGGGCCCAGAGGUGUCCCAGGCGGAGGAUGUGGGCUCUGUGGUGGUGGUUGAAAAAGAAGUGCACGGGCAGCAGGAGAAUUUCAGCGACAUAUCCACAGUGCUAGGAACGACCCGACACCAGAUUCUGGCCGCUCAGUUCGAGUGUUACCUGAAGAUAAUCUCGGAUCCACCGCGGACAGAUGAAGGUACAUACUGUAACCGUACGUGGGACGGCUGGCUGUGCUGGGGGGAUUCAGGUCCAGGGACUGCCAUGCAGAUGUGUCCUGCAUACUUUCAUGACUUUGACCCAGCUGAGAAGGUUACCAAAGUGUGUAAUCCUGAUGGCCAGUGGUUCCAUCAUCCAGAGAGCAACAGAGUGUGGACCAACUACACCCAGUGUCAGGCCUACACCAAAGAUAAACUCAAGUUUGCCAUCAGUCUCUACUACCUGGCUAUGGUGGGUCAUGGUCUGUCUAUUGUCUCGCUGAUUAUCUGUCUGAUCAUCUUCUCCUACUUCAAGAGUCUGAGCUGCCAGAGAAUCUCCCUCCACAAGAACAUGUUCCUCUCCUUCAUCUUUAACUCCAUUGUCACAAUAAUGUGGCUCUCACUCACUGCCAAUAACCAGACCAUAAACGCCAGCGACCCGGUGGGCUGUAAAGUCCUGGCCGCGUUGAUUCAAUAUGCAUCCAUUUCCAAUUACUUCUGGAUGCUGUGUGAAGGCAUCUACCUCCACACGCUCAUCAUCGUGGCCGUGUUUGUCGGCGAGCAGCAGCUCUUCUGGUAUUACGUCCUGGGAUGGGGUUUCCCCAUCGUUCCUGCAGCGACAUAUGCUGUGGCUCGCGGGUUAUUCUAUGACGACACAUGUUGGAUCAGCUCACACACUCAGUUGCUCUACAUCAUCCAUGGACCCAUUCAAGCGGCACUGUUUGUGAACUUUUUAUUUCUCCUGAACAUCGUCCGAGUUCUGAUCACCAAGCUGAAGGAGACCCACUGCGCCGAGUCCACGGCCUACAUGAAGGCAGUGCGAGCCACCCUCAUCCUCAUCCCUCUUCUGGGAGUCCAGUUCAUCCUUUGCCCCUGGAUGCCCGAGGAACGCAUCAGCCGUGCCAUCUAUGAUUUUUUUCUAAAUAUCUUCAGCCAUUUCCAGGGACUCCUGGUGGCAAUUAUCUUCUGUUUCUGCAAUGCUGAGGCGCAGGCAGCACUGCGGAGGAAGUGGACUCAGCUGAAGUUUGCCAGGAGCAAAAUAGGCUGGGGAGAAGCACCCAACUCCAACAGCCACUUCAACUCCCACAAUAACUCCUCCAUCACCGAAACUAGCCGUGCCACCAUCAGCUUUGAGCCGCCUGCUGCUGCUGCUGUGCCGGCUGAACAAAGGAAAAGCGGCUUCUCUCUGUCCAAGGUGCAGCAGAAAGUCAACGGGCAGAAAAAGAACAACAACACUUGCAGCAACGGGGAGUUGGAGAUGCUCAACAAGCUGGAGACCACCGACAUCUGACUGUACAAAGCACGGAGGUGACACAGAAAGACUGACUCUGUAGGUUGUUUGUUUUCAAAACUAAGGUUAACUGAUCGGGCACUGUAUGUAUGUAUGUAUAUAAGAUCCUUAAUAUCUGAAGAGCACUUAAAAGGCAUGUUGUGUUCACACACAUUUUUAAAGCAGCUUUUUCAGUUUUUGGAAACUGAAGAGUAGACUCAAUUAUAAUGUGCUGUUAUCCUAAUCCUUAUGUAACAAUGUGUUUCUUUAAGUCAAUUUAUCUAUUUAUGUUAGUGUUUGUGAAAUCUGUUGCGUUUUGAAACCUCUGAACGCUUUAUCUGUACAUCAGACCAAUGGAUGCCAUUGCCUAAGCAUGUGAUCACACACACA